UUAUGAUAUAAUAUAGUUUUAUAUAAUUAUUAUUAUUGAAGAAAUAUUGUAGUAUCUAUAGUAUUAUUUGUAGUUUUCGUAACGCAGUGAAAUUUGUACGUCGUCUUACAUUAGUAAUAAUAAUAAUAAUAAUAUAAUAUACUCAACUUACGGAAUAUCAUCUGCGCGCACGUGUGAUCAGUCUAAAAAUGGACGACGCCGGUGCUACCAUCGCCAUCAACGAACCGGAACCUGGAUCACUGCUAAUUGUAACCGGUAGUGCGAGUGACCGGCAUAAUUAUAAACGAAUAUUAUCACAGGUAUGUGCAAUGGUCGCUCAGAGUUUAUUGAUGUUGGAUUUGGGAAUGAUGAUAGUCGUUCCAACAAUUGUCAUCGGCGCCCUUCAUAACGCAAAAGAGGGCCUUUCGCUGGACGAUACUCAGUCCUCAUGGAUUGCUAGCAUAAUUUUGCUGUGCCAACCCCUGGGCUGCGUGCUGUCGGGCUGCUUGCAGGGCAUAUUUGGCCGGAAGUGGUGCAUGCUGCUAGUGAACRUACCCCACUUGGCCGCCUGGUACCUUCUGUAUACGGCUGGAUCCACGUGGAUGCUGUACGCGGCAUCAGCGGCUAUGGGUAUAGGCAUUGGGUUCCUGGAGGCGCCCACGAUGGCAUACAUCGGCGAAAUCAGCGAACCAAACGUCCGGGGUAUACUUUCCACAUUCACCAGCUCCAUGAUCGUUCUAGGACACCUGCUAGAGUUUGUGCUCGGGUGUAUAUUUCCGUGGAGGACAACAAUGCUAGUCAGCUGCCUAGUACCUGCUAUCGCCGCCRUCGCCAUUUCGUUCAUCCCCGAAUCACCCAUCUGGUUAUUGACGAAGGGAAGGAGAGACGAGGCAUUGUCGUCAUUGAGAUGGCUCCGGGGAUGGGUUUCCGCCGAAGAGGUGAGUGAAGAAUUUCACAAUCUUGAACUGUACUGUCAGGCAUCCAAAAACGAGUUUAACAGUUUGUUGGAAGCCAARAUCAGGAAAUCAUCAGGAUACGUCGGUGUUCCAGAYUGCGAAUUCGUUAUGAAGAGCGAACCCAACGCCGUGGACAUCGUCAGGGACUUUUUUCGUCCUGGAAUCUUAAUACCACUACGACUGGUCGUGGUCUACUUCUUCUUUUUCCACGCCGCAUCGCUGACGGCCAUGCGACCAUACAUGAUCGAAGUCUUCUCCCGGCUGGAAGUGCCCAUAUCACCGAACGUACUCACCAUCUUGUCUGCGGCUUUACAAGGCACUGGAGCACUAAUAUGUAUGUGCUUGAUGCGACUGGUCGGAAAAAGAGUUCUGUCAUUGGUCUCUAUGUCGGGUUGUGCGCUGUGCUGUUUGUCAUUAGGCGUCUACACUUACGUCACAACACAGCACCAGUGGUCAUCCGUACCGACGAUACCACUAUUAUUGUUUUGCACACUGUACUUCACAAUGAACUUGGGCAUCAGUCCCGUACCAUGGUUACUGAUAAGUGAAGUAUUUCCGAACAGAGGUCGAGGAGUGGCCAGCGGAAUAUGCGCGGCAAUUUUUUACGGAAUCGCGUUCCUGGUAUCGAAGACGUGGUUGAAUCUCCAAAACUCAGUUGAAUUACAUGGAUGCUUUUUCUUGUACGGAAUCCUUGCCGUCAUUGGUAUAAUGUUUGUAUACAUUUGUUUGCCGGAGACUGAAGGCAAGACACUAGCCGAAAUCGAAAAUAAUUUUGCGAAGAAAAAUGUUAAAUAAGUUCAAAUAUCAAGCAACAAGCACGGCGUAAUAAUAAAAUAUCACAUUAUUCUGUGUUGAUGUAAUAGUAUGUACCUAUACACUACAAAAGAGGACCGGGUCACAAGUGUUCUGCAAAUAUAUUUUUAAUGUCCCCUACGAAUAUAAGUAUAAUAAUUGUAAAAACAAACCAAUGGUCACGUUACCGAUGCUUUUUCCUUAAUAAUAAAAAAAAAAAGUAUAAUAA